AUGAAGAGCUUGCUGACGCAUGACACUGGUGAUGCCGAUAUUGUUUUGACUUACAUACGUAAUGUUAUCGGAAUCGCUACUUAUCUGAACGAUGACACGCUCCACAACAAGAUGAAGAACAUCAUCAUGGAAUUUCGCAAACAGCUGCGCGUGGCUGAGCGAGCCCACCUGGCGCGCACGGGUGUCAAGGUCGAGGCAGUAGCCUUUUUCGACGAGUGGAUGCCGACGCUUUUCGAGCGCAUCCGGGGAGACAUGAUUUCCUUUGCCACGACAUGGUGUGACAAGCUGGACGCCGCCUGGCAAAACGUUCCCCAGGCGCAGGGCGUAAUCCAGCAGACGACGCACCUAAGAGCAUCUGCGACGGCGACGAGGACCAUCAUCAACCAGCGGAACUUUUACGAUCCUGUAUGA